AUGGGGCUCCUUUCCAUUCUCCCGGCGAGCUUCGCCGUGGUGGAAACAUGGAUCACACGCCUUUUUGUAAGUGGUGAUACAGCCCAUCGGUCGACUGCGCAGUAUGGCCACUCAUGCGGCUCCCAGCUAUUCAUAGGUGCCCUCAUCAUCGGCCCAUGGGUUGCUCUGCUCCUCUAUGACCUUGUCCUCUACAUCCUCCGCGCCGUCUCGUAUGAGAUUCCCGUCAUCGGCGGACGCGCUCGCGGUAAGGCACGACCGCGUGCCCCAAGUCUCACCGAACGGCCUAGUGGGCAUCGUCGGAAGUUCAGUCUCGCGCGACGCGAGCGACCUACACUGAGUACGGGAGCCAUCAAGGACGAUCUGCAAGACACUCGCUAUCGACGCUUGGCGGAGGAGCAGGAGGACAGCUCAUCUGCAUCGUGA